CUACGUUGCUAUAGAAACUUCCGGUCGGUCCUUCAUUCCUCCCACCCCCCCACCCCUUCCCCUGCGCAGGGUCCGACCAGCGAGAUGCUACGAAUCGGACAGCGGCUUCCCCGAAGGGCGGCCGCGCUUCUGCGCAGGCGCAAGCCUCGGAACCCUUAAGUGAUUUUUCCCGAGCCCGCCCGAGAGUCUCCACAUUCUCUCCCACCCACCCCCAAGUUGGCGAGUUGGGCGGUCCCGCCGGCGUCUCCGAACUCGGUCGCCGGGCCGCACCAUGGCUUCGGCGGGGGUGGAGAAGCGGAAGCGGGUCAACCUGAGCGUGAAGCAGAAGCUGGAGCUGAUCGAGAAGCUGGAGUCGGGCUGGUCGGUGGCGCGGGUGUGCGAGGAGUACGGCGUGAAGAAGCAGACGGUGUCGGACAUCCGCAAAGCCAAGGAGAAGCUGAGGAAGUUCGUGCUGAUGUGCGACGUCGACUCCACCGGCAGCGGGGCGGAGAUCGGGGCCAGGAAGCACAUGAAGAUGUCCCAGGAGGCUUCCCUGGAGGAAGCCGUGCUCAGGUGGUAUGUGGAACAGCGGUCUGGAGGAACCAAGGUCCGCCGCGUCGACCUCAAGGCGGCCGCCAACGCCAUCGCCGCCGACAUGAAGCUCAACUUCAAGGCCAGCGACGGCUGGAUCUGGCGCUUCUACAAGCGACAUGGCAUCGACCACAAGCGAGCCUGCGCCGGGGAAGCCGCCGCCACUGCCGCCGCUGCCGAGGAGGAGGAAGGGAUGGAGCCGCUGGGCAGCAGCUUCUACAAGCGCUACAUCAUGUCGCAGAUCAGAUCCAAGAGCAAAGAGCCUGCAGAGAAAGCAAUGAAAGAGAAAAAUUGUGCAGAUCCCCAGUGGAAGGGAGGACCAGAAAAUCCCACCAAUCCAGUUCAGCCUCUCUAUAUUUCAGAACCAAAAUUAGAAGAAACGGAUCUCAGAAAACUCCCCUGCGAAAUUCAGCCUCCGUCCCUUUCUGAGCAACCGGGAUGGGGAACGUCACAGAAAAGUAAAAGAGAACCGUUCCAUGGGAUGGAAGAACGCUGGGAAGCCCAGUGGCAGCAGUUCCUCAAAACCCUGCAACCUGCCCACACAGGAGAAGACAACCCAGGGUUUCCAGAAGCUUCUCCUUGGGAAGAUACCAAGGCCUUCCUAGCGUCCUUUGAGCAGGUGGCCCAAGCCUGUCAGUGGCCCUCAGAACAGUGGGUAGGCCAUCUUCUGCCAGCGCUGAGUGGAGAAGCCGAAGUGGUCUUCCGAAGUCUGGAAGCCAGAGAUCGGGAGGACUAUGGGAAGGUGAAGGCCGCCAUCUUGCGAGGGGAAGCCCUGAAAAUGGAGGUGCAGCGCCAACAUUUUCGGCAGUUCUGCUGCCAGGAAGUGGGAGACCCCCGAAGGAUCCAUAGCCAACUCCAGGAGCUUUGUCUCCAGUGGCUGAAGCCGGAGAGACACACCAAGGAACAGAUUCUGGAGCUGCUGAUCCUGGAGCAGUUCCUGGCCAGCCUUCCAUCGGACCUCCAGAGCUGGAUCCGAGCAGGAGGAGCAGACACGUGUUCCCAGGCGGUGGCUCUGGUCGAGGACUUCCUGAGGAGCCAGCAGGAGGUCAAAUCAGAGUCUUAUGAGGAACCAGGGCUGAUCCAGGAGGUGGCUGUGAGUUUUCACACCUCUGAGCAGACGCCAUUAAUUCCCGCAGAGAGGCAGCUUGAUUGCAAGAUCAAGCAAGAGGAGGAGGAUGGGGGCAAUUCAGAAGCUGCUGAUGAGUGGAUCGCUGAGUUGAAAGAGGGGGAUGACACCGAGUCCGCGAAGCUCCAGGGGACUCCUUGGGAUAGUCUCCCCAAGCCCCAGGAGGACAGAGACGCCUUGGUGAGCCGCGAUGCUGUUUCGAAGCAGAAGAGAGAAGAUGGCUCAAGUCAGCCCAUGGUUGAAAUCUUUCCUCUGGCAGGAGAGGAGAGAAACCUAAGCCCAACGGUGAUCAAGAAACGAUAUCGGAUUCGGGGGAAGAAGACCUGUUCCGUCUGCAGCAAGACCUUCAGCAGGAGCACCGUGCUGGCCGCACACCAGAGGACCCACACGGGUGAAAAGCCGUUCGCAUGCCAGAACUGUGGGAAGUGCUUCAGCUUCAAAUCGGCCCUGGUGGUGCAUGAGAGGACCCACACGGGUGAGAGGCCCUAUUCGUGCGAUCGGUGCGGGAAAAGCUUCACUGUCAGUUGGGUCCUUACCAGGCACUACCGAGUCCAUGCUAAAAAAGACCAGAUGGGCUGCUUGGAGUGCGGGAAGAGCUUCACCCAAAAGUCUCAGCUGCUCAGCCACCAGAAAGUCCACGUCGGGGAGAAGCCUUUCCGAUGGACCCAGUCUGGGGAAGCCUUUGGUGGUUGCGCCAUGACUGUUAAGCGACAGGAAGUUACCUGCUCCGGGGAGGCGAAGCCCUACAGAUGCCCGGAUUGUGAAAAAUCCUUCAACACAUCCUCCCAAUUGGACAGGCAUCACCGGGUGCACACGGGGGAGAGGCCCUUCACUUGCUCCGAGUGCGGGAAGAGCUUCAGGCAGUGGCAGAUUCUGAUGGUGCACAAGAGGAUUCACACGGGCGAGAAGCCCUUUAAGUGUGCCACCUGCGGGAAAUGCUUUUCUAACCAGGCCAGCCACAUCCGGCAUCGGAAAGUCCACACGGGGGAGAGGCCGCACCUCUGCGCCAUCUGCGGAAAACGGUUCCCCCAUCAUGCGGUUCUCGUGAAGCACCAGAAAAUCCACACCCGGGAAGCCUUAAACAGUCACAAGGUGGCGGAGGAGAAAAAGGAGGAGGAGGAACGAGCGAAAGAAAGCUCCUUCGGGUCGAAAAGCGGAAGCUUGCAGUUGCGGCGCCGUCCGGGAGGGGUCGCCCGCGGGUGCGCCGCCGGCCUCAGCGAAGCAAAGGGGCGGGGACAGGCCGGAGCAAACUGCAGCCGAGCAGCCCCGCCGGAAGCGAACCGGCGAGAAGGAGCUCGAAGAGAAGGGAUCAGAAGAAGAACAGAAAGACUCUGGCUGUCCCAUUCAGUCUGCCAAAGCAAGCAACUUAAGAACCACCUGAAAAUUAUCAAAAGAGAUCCAUUCAUUGGGAUGGAGGAGUGCUGGGACACACAAUGGGAGCCAUUUCUCGAGACACAACCCACCCACGCGGGCAGGAUCUUGGAGGCUUCACCCUGGGAAGACCCCAAGGCCUUCCUGGCUUCCUUUGAGCAGGUGGCCACGGCCUGCCACUGGCCCAGCGGAGAAUGGGUGGCCCAACUCCUGCCAGCCCUUUAUGGAGAAGCUGAAGAGGCCUUUCAGAGCCUGGACACCAUUCAUCAAGAGGAUUAUGAGAACGUGAAGGCGGCCAUCUUGAGGGGAGAUGCUGUGAAAAGCGAGGUCCAGCGUCAACGUUUCAGACAGUUCUACUGCCAGGAAGUGGAGGACCCACGAAAGGUUCAAAGCCACCUCCAGGAGCUUUGCCACCAGUGGCUGAAGCCCGAGAGUCACACCAAGGAUCAAAUCCUGGAGCUCUUGAUCUUAGAGCAAUUCCUGGCCAGCCUACCUCCAAAGCUUCAGGACUGGGUUCAGUCAAAGAGGCCGCAGACAAGUUCCCAGGCUGUGGCCUUGAUGGAGAACUUCCUUAGGAGCCAGCCGGAAGUCAAAUCCAAGCCGUGUCAGGUGCCAUUGAAAGGGAAGCAUGUGAUUUUCUUACACGAAGAAGAGUCUGUGGAGACUACAAACACUAAACAUGGUGAGAGGAAGAUCAAUAAGAAGAAAAAGCGGGAAGUCCAAAGUCAGAAGCGGAAACAGAAGGAGGAAAACUGCCCGUUGCAACUCAGUCUGAGUCCGAGCGACAACCAGAAUGGGCAGCAUCUCAGAAGAACAAAAACGAUCCAUUUUGGGGGGGUGGCAGAGAGCUGGGAAAUCCAGUGGCAGCGGUUCCUCCAGACAUCACAACCCCCUCCCAAUGGAUGGAAGAAUCCGAUGAGGUCAGAGGAUUCCCCCUGGGAAAACCCCAAGGCCUUCCUGCUCUCCUUUGAGCAAGUGGCCAACGCUUGCCACUGGCCUAGAGAAGAAUGGGCCACUCAGCUCUUCCCAGCCUUGAGCGGAGAAGCGGAAGAGGCCGUUCAAAACCUGGAAAUCCAAGAACGAGAAGACUAUGGCAAAGUGAAGGCGGCCAUCUUGCGAGGGGAAGCCCUGAGGACGGAGAUGCAACGCCAGCAUUUUCGGCAGUUCUGCUGCCAGGAGGUGGGAGACCCCCGGAGAAUUUACGGCCAACUCCACAAGCUGUGUCUCCAAUGGCUGAAGCCAGAGAGACACACCAAGGAGCAGAUCCUGGAACUGCUGAUCCUGGAGCAGUUCUUGGUCAGCCUCCCACCGGACCUCCGGAGCUGGAUCCGAGCGGGAAGGCCAGACACGUGUUCCCAGGCGGUGGCCCUGGUGGAGGACUUCCUAUCAAGUCUGCAAGAGGCCAAAUCUGGAUCCUGUCAGGAGCUGCUGAAGGAUGAUCCUGUGGAUUUUGAUCCUGGAGAGGAAGAACUCUUGGAAGCAAUGAAGAGGGAAAGAGUUGAAAUGGAGAUCAGUAUGUUGGGUAACGGAUGGGAAAGUGGAGUCAAGAUGGACGACUCUCUGGGUGAAGAUGAAAAGCUGGAGGCAACUUUCAGGACAGAUUCCACGAGACGCCCUGUGAAUCUGCCAUCAAAAAAGCAGACCCAGGAGACACCCAUGGAGGAUGAGAAGGAACGCCGUUUGCUGGCAAAAAGAUUUUCUACUGCUGUUAUUGGAAAGACCACUUUAUCCAGCAAAGAUAAAACGCCUUUGUUCUCCAAGUAUGGUCGGAAGUAUCACUACAGAGUGGAACUUGACAUGAUAGAUUCCUCGGAGGACUUUGAAGAAUGGCCUAGCUCAGAGGACGAUCUCCAGUGUCUUUCCGACUUUGGCGAAAAGGAAGAAAAUAGAAGAAUUGAGAAAAAGUGCAAGUUUUCUGGAAAGAGAAAUGGGAAUCGUUUCAACAGAUAUCAGUGCAGUUAUCUAGAAGAAGAAAACGACCAUUCUCUCGAGUACGUGAAAACCUUCAGUAACGCAAACUCGCUAAAUAUAAUUCAGGCCCCUAACGACACUGAAAGGAAAGUGUAUGAAUGUUCUCAAUGCGGGAAACAAUUUGGUAAAUUUAGUCAGUGGAGUCAACAUCAGAAAAUCCACACCGGAGAAAAACCAUACAAAUGUUCCCAAUGUGGAAAGUCUUUCAACCAAGCAGGAAAUCUGAAGACCCACCAGAAAAUUCAUACCGGAGAGAGACCCUACGGAUGUUCCCAAUGUGGGAAAAGCUUCAAUCAGGCAGGGAAUCUGAAGACCCACCAGAAAAUCCACACCGGGGAGAGACCCUACAAAUGCCCUCAGUGUGGGAAAAGCUUCACCCGAGGGAUCCUUUUGAAGAUACAUCAAAGGAUCCACACUGGAGAAACACCGUACAAAUGUUCCGAGUGCGGGAAAGGAUUCAAUGAGAUGCGGAACUUGAAAAGACACCAGAGAAUUCAUACCGGAGAGAAACCUCACAGAUGUUCCCAGUGUGGGAAAUGCUUCACUGAGGCAGAUGUUUUGAAGAUACACCAAAGAACACACACCGGAGAGAGGCCGUACAAGUGUUCGGAGUGUGGGAAAUGCUUCAAUAAGUCGGGAACUUUGAGGAGACAUCAAAGAAUUCAUACCGGAGAGAGACCCUACAAAUGCUCUCAGUGUGGGAAAGGUUUCAACCAGAUGGGGACUUUGAAAAAACACCAGAGGCUUCACCCAGGCGAGAAAUACUACAAAUGUUCUCAAAUCCACGCAGCAAUUUAUAUCGGUGAGAAACCGCACAAGUGCUCCGACUGCGGGAAAUGUUUCCGACAGGCAGGGCUUCUGAAGAGGCAUCAAAGAAUUCAUACCGGAGAGAGACCCUACCGAUGUUCUCAGUGUGGGAAAUGGUUCAAUCAAUCAGGAACUUUGAAGAGACAUCAGAGAAUUCAUACCGGAGACAAACCACCCCAGUUCCUUAGCGGUGGAAAUACGUCGGUCAGGGAAGUGACUUGAAGAACUAUCUGGAAAUUCGUAUUUCAGGAAAAAGCCACAGAUGUAACUAAAACCUAGCGUGGAAAAUCUCCAUGAUCGAAAUAUAGUAAUUGAAAGAUACAAUCGAUUGAAAACGAAAGAGCGGCAGUAGAAUAGAAGAAAGAGUUUUAGUGUACAAUUGGGAUAAAGGCAGGGAGUUCUUGACUUGCAACCACAGUUGGGGUUGGAAUUUCAGUUGCUAAGUGAUGCGGUCAAUAAGCGAGUCACCACAGGACCGGAUCUGAUUUUACAACGGUUUACUUAUCAUGAUUGUUAAGUAAUCCUGGCUUCCCCAAUUAACUUCAUUUGUGGGAAGAUCACAAAUUGCAAUCACAAGAGACGGCAACCGUCGUAAAGAUGAGACAGUUGUCACGUGACUGAAUUAUGAUCAUGUGAUUGAGGGAUGGUCGUAAGUCACUUUUUCCAAAACCAUCGUAAGUUGGAACUGUCAUUAAAGGAAUGGUGAUAAGUCAAAGAUUACUUGUAAAACCAAUAUAAACAUUAUGGCCCUCCGUCUCUUGCCCAAAUUAUGAAUUAUGUAGAUUAUGCUUUCUGAAAGCAGAGAGAGAUCUGAAAGAAAAUGUGGAGUUGAAUUCAACUUAUUGCUUAGGAGCUUUUGAAAAGAAAACAGAGAAGGAUCAUUGCACACUUCAAAUCCCUUAAUGGAUGCCAUUCAGAAUCAAGAGACUUCUCCUCUUUCAUUCCAGAGGGUAAAACAUGAAAUCAUGAAUGCUAGGACAAAAAUGUCAAAAUAUUCAUUAGUCAUAAAAAAGGGUUGAGCAGUUGGAUCAAUUUUGCAACGAGAUGAUGGGAUACUCUUCACUAGAGGUGUCCACCUAUCCAUGGACCCUAAUUGGGAUUGCUACAUGGAGCCGAGGUUGGACUUGAUGGUCUUAAUGACUCUCUCCAGCUCUGCUUCCAUGAUUCCUGACAAGACCAAAUGACGGUGAGUUUGGGUCCCCAACUGCACCUGGUGGUUUGCCAUCUUUAAUUUUGGCUGUCGGAGCUGGCGCAGCAUCGGGAGGUUCUUCUGGACUCCCAACCUUCUGGACUCACCACUCCUGCUCAACGAGCAAGCGGCACAUGGGGAGGAGGGCCUUUGCAUAAAUGCAUCUUGUGCACUAGUCACACUUUUUCUAACACUAUUGGGCCCUGCUCACAUUUGGCCAUGCCUUACACGUCUUGAUUGGACGGUUGGCAGUGCACUCUAGUGGGGCUGCCCUUGAAGAGCAUUCAGAAGCUACAACUGAUCCAGUAGGGAUGCAUCACAAGAUACCCACAUAAUUCUUCUACUACAUGAGUUCCCAAGAUCUUUCAGGGUGCUGGACAUCAACCUUUAAAGCCGUAUCUGGCAUGGGGCCAGGUUUUAUUUGCAGGACUGCCUAUCCCUGCUCAUUGCCAAGUUCUGGCAGGUGGGCAUCCUCAGUUAAACAACCCUUCAGUUAAACAGUGUUUCCUGAUAGGGACACGGAAGCAUGCCUUUGUCCUAGCAACUGCCUUAUGGAACAGCCUCCGGCUCCCUCAAGAUGACAGAUGAUCAACGUUGUUGACCUCCAGGAAAGCAGUGAGGAUCUGGCUUUCCGUCCCAGGCGCUAGGAUCAGGAUGUCGAAGUGUGCCAGCAAGAUGUGAUUGGUUGAUUGAUGGAAGCAAGUUUUAUCUAAACCCCUGAUAUAGUUUUAGGUGUUUGUUUUGUUUUGAUCAAAUUGUGUUUUUUCGCUCUUGCAUGCCCCCUAGCGUCUUUUCUAAUAGACAGGUGGCUAUGUAAGUUUGUUUAAGAAAUAAAAAUUUUUUUGCAAA